AAUUGUAAAUUGUUUUGUGAUCAGUUCGUGCACUUUUAAGAUUGUCAAAUUUAUCAAAGAGGCUCACAUUUGUGUAUACAUGCCGAGACACUGCAGUGUACCAAAUUGCAAAUCAAAUUACGCAACUACUUUAAAGUAUGAAAAGGCCCAAAGUACAUUCUCUUUUCCCAAAAACGAUCACCUUCGUACUCAGUGGGUUAGAUCUAUUAACCGUGAAGAUUUCAGAGUAACUUCUAGUUCGGUAGUAUGUAAAAAACAUUUUGAUGCAACGGAUAUUAUUGAAAGUGAGUCAUUCAUUGAUAAAAAUGGUACGGUUCUUCAACGAAAUUUGGUUUAUCCCAAGUUGAAAGAGAAUGCGAUACCAAGAAUUUUUGAAAACCAACCGUCAUAUUUAUCUAACCCAAAACCACCAACAAGAAAAAAUCCUGAAACUAGGCGAGCAGAAAUAAGUCUCCGGGAAGAAAAUAAUAUAAAAGAACUCGAAAACAAAGACCUUAUCGUGGAUUUCAAGGAACUUUUACAAAGUGUUAGUGAGAGGGUUGAGUUAAAAAACUGGCAAAUAAAAGUUGUAGAAGAAAGGAUUUGUUUUUAUUUAUUAAAUAUUGACAAUCAGUUUAGUGAUGAGUGUAUAAAAGUUAUUUCAAACAUUAACAUUACGAAGGAAUUACUUGUAUCUGUUUAUGUGAAGGACAUCCAACUGUCACCUCAUGAUUUAAAAUGUAUUUUACCAUUUGACUGUAAGUUAUCGCGUUGGUCACAACUAGAAAAUCUGCUGUCCAGAUUUGUCCAUUCCCGGACCUAUGUAACACUGAAAUGGUUUGUGUCAGAGGGGCCAACAGUUUGUGUAAGGCGGAAUUUUUUUAUCUUUAAGUGCAGAUUCUUUGCUAAGGCUGUAUCAGCAAAUCCCUACACCAUGAUUUUUUUUAUUGUAUUUGGUCUGAUUUGUCCUAUAGAUGCUCCUCCAAUGAACUCUACCUUGCAGAAAACUUGUAGCGAUAUUCAAUUGAGCAAUGAAUUGUAUACCUUAACAAAUGCAGACGGUACAAUAGUUUAUGGUGGUGUGGUCGAGCAGUACACUAUUGACGGUAACACUUUCCUGAUUAUCAACGACCACGCUACGCCUUCUUAUUUUAUCAGCCUGAAGAACGUCAAGGAAAAUGAUGUGUAUGCAACAUAUCUGGAAGGUAUAACUGCAACCAAAGUCGAUAAAGAGAUUAUUUCGAAAAAUAACUUGAUAGCGUUGGAGCAAGAACAUUUAAAAUCACUAAGUUUUGGUGAACGCCAAGCUAUUUUUCAUGAAUUUUUUACAGCUUAUCACAACUAUAGUAAUUUGUGUACGACAAACUAUAGCAUAUUACAAAAACUUUAUAAAGUAAACCUGGUUCAGCUUGUAAAUUUUUUAAACAAUACAAUGAAACAAGCUGAAGCAAGUGAAAUCACUGGAACACCAUCGACAAUGAUACAUCUCAAAGAUGAUCACAUCUUGAAUUUAAGGAUGGAAAUAAUUAAUAAAUUACAAAAUAUGGACCUAAACCUAACUCAGAUUUUAAAUUUUUUGAACACUACAAAAGAAACAAACGAAUCAAUGAUAAAAUGUUUCCCUAUCAAAGAUGAUCACUUUCUAAAUGUAUUAACUAACAUUAAUACCAGAUUACAAAAACUAGAAAAAGUAAACCUUAGUCAAACGAAAACAACCGAUGAAAGUGUAUGUAGCAAAGAUGAUCAUCUCUGGUCUGGAAUCUUUAUUGGUAUGCUACUACUAUCUUGGCUUAUAAUAAUAAGAUUAAUUUGCUGCAUUCCUUGUUUUAAAGAAAUAUUACCCUGCUUGUUCCGUAUUCCCAGUGGAUACCAGAUAAGUACACAAUCAGAUCAGGGGAAUUAAAGAAAAUAAGCCUAAAUUUAUUAAAUUAAAUUAGACAUCGUGAAUAUGUUCCGUUAAUUAUUAAAUUAAUAAAACACUUUGUUCUUGU